UUUUACUCAACAAGAUUCAGCCGUAAGCUCACCAGAAUAACGUUGUUGACCAUCGUUUAUACGCAUGGUGGUCAUGAAUUUAUAGUUCAGUUUGAUGGAAACAUGAUUUUAUCUGUACAGAUGUAAUGAUGAUUAAGAAAAUAUUCUUAGUGUAAGUGACAAUGUGACAUGCAUGUAUAACUCAAAACACCGGUUUUAGGAUGGCGAACCAAAAACAAAACAAAAAAUGAGUAAAAAUGAUUUUUUCUCAAAAAAAAAAGAACAAAAAUGCUUUAGGAUACUAAGCUAACGAAUUUUCAGUAUAAAUUGAACGGAAAAAAUCUCUUUUAUCAAAGUUCAUGAAUGAAAACCAAAACAUGAUACAACCUGCAGGGGCUGAGCUAGAAUUUUUUUUUAUUCGGGGAAACUAUAAAACAUUACUAAUAUCUUAAUAAACUGAACUUUUAACAGAGGCAUUAAUAAAAUUCUUGACAAAAUUACACUAACUUAAAAAGUUUAUGGUGGGCAAGUGCCCUUUCUAAACUAUAUGUACGUCCGCCACAGGGUACAACUUCAAGUCAUCAUAAGUAGGAACAAAGAACCGAAUCUCACGUUCCAAAAAUGAUAGCAUGCGUAAAGGUAAAACGAAAAUAAGAUUUAAAAAGAGGAAAAAAUAUCCAUUGCAGAUUGGCUCAUAAUCUGUUAAUCUUACAUGAUUUGCUUGGGCCAAUCCUAAAAGCCACAAACUCAUUUCACUGUCAAAUAUAUGAUUAGAUGGUGAUGACUGAUGAUCAUCUGAUUUUGCACAUUUCCAUGUGACCCACCUUUUGUAUCUUAAAAAUUCCUCAAAGGGAACUUUAGAAUAAACGAGAGGGUCCACAUAAUGAAUGACCUCUUCUAUUUAAACACACCUCAUUUCCAUUGUUCCACAUAACCAAAUCCAUCAACUCAAUUAUCUUUCACAUUUAAGUGUAAACAAAAGUACACUAAUUAAAUAUGGAUUUCAAUGGUAAUGUAAAUGCUGGUUCUUCCUCUAGAUCAAAAAAGAGUCAUAGGCAAAAGCAGCAACAACCGCAACCUCAGCAACAUACUGAAGAAAUCAAGUAUGUAGGAGUGAGGCGGAGGCCGUGGGGAAGAUACGCAGCUGAGAUAAGAAACCCGACUACAAAAGAGAGGCAUUGGCUAGGUACAUUUGAUACAGCCGAGGAGGCUGCAUUGGCCUAUGAUAGAGCCGCACGGUCUAUAAGAGGCUUGACUGCUCGGACCAACUUUGUCUACUCCGAUAUGCCUCGUGGCUCCUCAGUAACUUCCUUCAUCUCUCCUGAUGAAUCACAACGUUUCAUUUCCGAGUUAUUCAACCCUCCAAGCCAACUAGAAGCUCCUCACAGCAGCAACAACAACAAUCUAUAUUUGUCCUCCAACAACCAAAACCAAAUCUCUACUGAAUUCUCAUACAAUGGGUGGACACAUGAGUCUGAAUGUGGUUAUCAGUCAAUGAACACUAAUGAUGAGCAUUGUAAUCAUGAGCUUGCACCUCUUCCUCCAAGUACUUGUUCUGGAGCUGAACUUACAAUUCCGGAGACUGAUAGCUAUUGGAAUCUGGCGCAUGCUGGCAUGGAUACGUUUUCCUUUGAGAUCGAUGGCUUUGUGGAUCAAAACAGGCUUGGUGAGAGUGGAACAGAAGGGUUUGACUCUUCAUCCUCCACAUUCUUCUAUCAAUAAUAGUGAACUGCCCAAGUUUGUGACUUUCUUUUUUAUUGAGCAAUCCUUUUUGCCUCUUUUAUGGAGUGGAAUGAAAUAUCACGUGUUUUUCUCUCUCUUAUACCGUUUUGUGUUUCUCUAAUAAUUCAACUAAUGUUUUUGUUACUGUGGCUUAUAAAAUGCAAGGUUUCUUGAUCGCAUGUUACUUUUCUUAACGCCACUAUUGUGAGUUAUAAGCAGAUGAAAAAUACUUCAUUGUUCAAAGUCUCUUUAUAGUUCGAUAUUUUUUAACAUUAAA